UUUCAGUAUCGACCUCCUUCACGCAGCAUCUCUGCUCUCCAUCCUCCUCCUCCUCUUUCUCUUCCUCCUCCGCCGCCUUCUCUUCCUCCUCCUCCUCCUCCUCCUCCUCCUCUUCCUCCUCCUCUUCCUCUGCAGGUGGAUGGAGGCUGGAAGCUCCGGAGACACGAGCCAUGCACGGGACCCGCUGCUGUCAGCCUGCUGAGCACCUCCCUCCUCACAUCCUUAAAUGACCCGGUGCUGAGGAGAGAGAGAGAGUGGGGGGGGGGGGGAUCAUGGCAUGCUGGCCUCACCGGGCCUCCACCAGCACUGACCACCAUGGGGCUCCGGUCCAGGACCGUCGCUAGCGGCUCUGAGGAGCAGAAGAAGACCUCCGGAGCUCCUGAUGGAGGAGGCGAUGGAGGUGAUAAGGAUGGCGCGCUGCUGCUGCUGGUGUCCGGCCGGGUGGACCUGAAGCGGGGCUCCUCUCAGGGCUCUCAGGGCAUCGGGAUCGGGUUGCUGGCCAAAACCCCCCUGAACUACAGCCGGCCGGCCAAGAGGAAUAACGUCCGCAGGAGGAGGAUCCAGAACCUGCUGUACGACGCGCUGGAGAGGCCGAGAGGAUGGGCGCUGCUCUACCACGCCUUCGUGUUUUUAAUUGUUCUGGGCUGUUUGAUUCUGGCCAUACUGACGACAUUCAAGGAACACGAGAAUGUGUCUGCACACUGGCUGGUCAUACUGGAAACCUUCGCCAUCUUCAUCUUCGGAGCAGAGUUUGGACUUAGGGUCUGGGCGGCGGGAUGCUGCUGUCGCUACAAAGGAUGGAGGGGGAGGCUGAAGUUUGCUCGCAAACCUCUCUGUAUUCUAGACAUUUUUGUGCUGAUUGCCUCGGUGCCGGUGGUGGCGGUGCGUAACCAGGGCAACGUGUUGGCCACAUCCCUGCGCAGCCUGCGCUUCCUGCAGAUCCUGCGGAUGCUGCGUAUGGACCGGAGAGGAGGGACGUGGAAGCUGCUGGGGUCCGCCAUAUACGCUCACAGUAAGGAGCUGAUCACAGCCUGGUACAUCGGCUUCCUGUCUCUGAUCCUGGCGUCUUUCCUCGUCUACCUGGUGGAGAAGGACGACAACUCCAUGGACGUGUCCAACCCCGACAACCCCACCGUUCAGCCCAGUUCGCAGGAUUUCGACACGUACGCCGACGCUCUGUGGUGGGGGCUGAUCACGCUGACCACCAUCGGUUACGGGGACAAGACCCCAAAGACCUGGGCUGGGAGACUGUUAGCCGGCACUUUUGCUCUGAUCGGAGUGUCCUUCUUCGCUUUGCCUGCAGGGAUCCUGGGUUCAGGUUUGGCUCUGAAGGUCCAGGAGCAGCACAGACAGAAGCACUUUGAGAAGCGCAGACAUCCGGCCGCCGGGCUCAUCCAGUCCGCCUGGCGAUAUUAUUCCACCAAUCCAAUCAGGGAUGACCUUAUUGCCACGUGGAGAUUUUACGAAACCAUCAUCUCUCUUCCCUGUUUCAGGAAGGAUCACUUGGAGGUCAUGGCGAGUCAAAAGCUGAGUUUACUCGAGCGUGUUCGCCUUCCCAACACACGGCCGUCGGCCGGGUCGGGCAAGAGGCUCACGGGUCACGCCGACUCCAUCGAGGAAAGUCCCUCCAAGGAGCCGAAACCUGCCGGCUUCAGUAACCGGGAACGCUUCCGCACCGCCUUCCGCAUGAAGGCCUACACACUCCGCCAGAGCUCCGAAGAUGCAGGAGGCCUGGGAGAAUCAGCCUUAGAGGACCGGGGCUUCCCUCCAGACAUCCUCAUGGAGGAGAUGAUCCCCACGCUGAAACUGGUCAUCAGGGCAGUCAGGAUCAUGCAAUUCCUCUUGAACAAGAAGCGGUUUAAGGAAACUCUGAGGCCUUACGAUGUCAAAGACGUGAUCGAGCAGUACUCUGCCGGACACCUGGACAUGCUCUGUAGAAUUAAAUACCUCCAGACAAGGAUCGACAUGAUUCUCGCCCCUGGACCCCCCCUCACCCCCAAACAGAAGAAAACUCAGAAAACGCCCUUUACCUACCCGCCCAAUCAGUCUCCCAGGCAGGAGUCCUACCUAGCCAAAGCCGCCUCCAUGCCAGAUGCCGAAGACCAAAGCAUGAUGGGUAGAUUUGUCCGGGUGGAGAGACAGGUGGAGGACAUGGAGAAGAAGUUGGACUUCCUGGUGGACAUGCACAUCCAGCACACUGAGCACCUGCAGGUGGACUCUGCCGGCGCCGCCCACAUGACCCUGGAGGCCUGCGACUCUACGGGGAACGGCGAGGUCCGGCGGGUUUUCUUCAACUACGCCGAGGCGUUCCCGCACAUGUCGUACCAGAUGCCCGUCAGCAAGGUGAGUCCGUACUGUGGCCGAGGACGAGGAGGCGGAGAGGGGACCGGGUCGGCCGGGGUAAGCCGCGUACCGCCAGACCACCAUCCCCCACCGUCACACCUCCACCAACGCCACCCUCCAGCUGCCAUCCCCACCUACGCCGAGCGUCCCACAGUGUUGCCCAUCAGCUCCCUGCAGGAUUGUCAGCGGGGCCGGGCAGGACCACAGGGGGGGGGGCGGGGGGCCGACUCGCCGCUCUCCCUGCUAUCGGUGAACCACGAGGAGCUGGAGCGCUCGCCAAGCGGGUUCAGCAUCUCUGGGGAGCGGGAGGACGGGGAGGACUUGUCGAUGGGGGCCAGGGACGCCGGCUGGACGAGACCCAGACCGAGCUACCUGGCGGAGGGGGAGACGGACACGGACACGGACCCUUUUACACCCAGCGGGGGGCCCCUGCCGCUCUCCUCCACGGGGGAGGGAUUCGGCGACGCCGUGUGGAACACGCCACCCUGAGAGGUGGUCAUGUGACACCACACAAAAACUCUGAGACCUUAAAUCCAACCCAUGCCUCUAAACCCCAAAUGGGUCAAAGCCACACCUCCGGACCAAACCAUUUGGAGGGAAAAGGUGGUGUCUAAUCCGCCUUGAUGCUGCGAGGUCGCGAGCGAGGUCAUCGACCUUUCAGAGGCCGAUCUCAUCAACCGACCGCCGUCCAGACGACAGAGAGCCAUGGCAUCGAGACUGCCCAGAAAAAAAAUGUAAAACAGACAGUUUGUAAAGUAAAACUCUGUACAGCGCACUCAAAAAAAAAGAACAUUAAUAUACAUACUAUAUACACCCAAAAAGCUUUAUCGCUGCAAAGCCAACCGCACUGCAUGUAACGCAUGCGAUUUUUAGUGUAGACACUGCGAAGUUCAGGAUAUCAGGAAACGGAAAAAAGCGAUUUGAAUGGAUACAUACUAUACUUGCUAUGCCAUUUUGUAAACACUUAUUUUUUUAUAUGAAUACAUUUCCAUGGUUUUGUUGCAUGGUUUGCAUGAUAAUGCACCAUCGUAGGGGUGACGGUCGGUCGGAGGGCGAUAACGGAACCAAAAGUCUCUUUGUUUGUUUUUGUAUGUUUGUUUGAUGAGUGUGUUUCUGAGUGAAUGAGAGAGAGAGAGAGAACGACGGGGACAAACAAAACACUGCUUUAGUUGCUUUCACCAUUUUCUUUUUUCGUUGCUGUGAAUCCUUCGAGGAUCGAGGAUCAGUUCUAGUUUUCUGAUCCCGUCACUUCGUUUUCACACCACCGA